UUUUCUCAAGGUAGACUUAGUUCUUUCCCUUUUUCAGGUAACACACUUACCAUGGAUUCCGUUCGAGGACAAGGCGGCAUCCAGAUGCUGCUAACAGCAGAACAGGAUGCUCAACACAUUGUUAACAGUGCCAGAACCGCGAAGACGGCGCGCUUGAGGCAAGCUAAAAACGAAGCUGAGAGGGAAGUGCAACUCUAUCGCACCAAUAUGGAGGCUGAGUAUGAAAAGAUGAUUUCAGAUACAAGUGGGAGCUCUGGCUCCAAUGUAAAAAGGCUUGAGGAGGAAACUGAUGCGAAGAUUAAAAACUUGAAGGAAUCAUCCUCAAAGGUCCGAUCGGAUAUCGUCAGCAUGCUUAUGAAGUAUGUCACAACUGUGAAAACUUGAAGCAUAUGCAGGUUUGUGCAACUCAUUUGUUAAUUCUAAUUAACAAAGGGUUAUUUUAUUAUAGACCCAUUUCAUGCUAAAAAUGUUGAAAAAACACCCUUAUAUUACGCAUAUUUGCAUUUAGUACUUAUUUUUUAUGACUAA